AUGUAUGAAUUUGGAACCGAAUAUGAAUUUGAACACCUCGUUCAUUCUUUUAUUCUCGAUCCAACAGAUUCAUGCUGGAAAGGUCGACUAACAGAGGAAGAGUUAAAAAGAAUCAUUGAUGCAACUGAUCCAGGCCUUCUGGCAAUUGGUGAUGGCGUUCGAUCCAUUUUUGAUCACUGUGAAAAGGCGCUUGCAACUGUUGAUGGCGAGAAUUCAGAGAGAAAGAGCGACGAUAUCAUUGACACCAUCUGGAAGGCAGUGACUGAGUUGGGCUUUUUUAACCCUCGAACUCACUUUGACGAAGAUUGGGUACAAAGAACAAUUCUCGAUUUCCUCAACAUGUAUCGCAACGACACCUUAAGAGAUAUCGUUGCAAAUGGCAGUGAGAUGGAUUUUGUAGCUCGUUGCUGA